AUGGGCCCAAAAGCUUUAGGCGCUCGACUGAUCUAUCAGGUUGCUUAUGGUCGGAGGAACUUUAAAUAUGAUGCUUGUAACUCUGUUUUCAGUGAUGUCAUUUUACAAGCUGAAAACUACAAGCUGCUUAUAGACCAAACUGAGGAGCGCUUAAAACAGACGGAGCUGGACAAAGUAAGCCAAAGGGACAACUUCAGGCAAAAAGAGGAGGAGUUAUUAGCCAAGAUGCAGGAACUGGAGGACAAGUACGUUGUACAACUGCAAGAAAAGGCAAAUCUCCUGCUUGAAAGCAACUCCAGAGAGAACAGUUUAUGUGAAGAAUUGGAAGCCUUAAAGCAGGAAGUGAGCCAAGGAGAUGGCCAGCUUCAGACCUUACAAAAAAGAGAGGAAGAGCUGAAAGUGCUCCUGCAGAAAGAACUGGAGACCUCCAGUGCACUUAAGCUGGAACUGCAGAAAGUGCAAGAAGAAACCAUGACCGAGAGGAGUCUUUCUGGAAGAAGAGCUAGAGGGGGCACUGGAUGA